GGCAGCGCCUGGCCGCUUCUCCUCGGCUCCCCGCGGGCGGCGGCGAUCUAACUUUUGACACCGAGACGGCCGAGUCGCGCGCGGGCUAUCUCAGGCCGACGGCUGUGGCGGCGGCCGACCCUCGAGGGCUCCUCCGUCGCUCCCCGGCGCCCCGGGCCGGGCGGCCACGAGGCCCCGCUGUGUCCUAGGGCGCUCGCCGGCCCGGAGGGAGGCUGCAGCCAUGUCGCGAGGUCCGGAGGAGGUGAACCGGCUCACGGAGAGCACCUACCGGAAUGUUAUGGAGCAGUUCAAUCCUGGACUACGAAAUUUAAUCAACCUAGGAAAAAAUUAUGAAAAAGCUGUUAAUGCUAUGAUCCUGGCCGGAAAAGCCUACUACGAUGGAGUAGCCAAGAUUGGGGACAUGGCCACCGGGUCCCCUGUGUCGACUGAACUGGGCCACGUCCUCAUCGAGAUUGCCAGCACCCACAAGAAGCUCAACGAGAGCCUCGAAGAGAACUUCCGAAAGUUCCAUAAGGAGAUCAUCCAUGAGCUGGAGAAGAAGACGGAGCUGGAUGUGAAGUACAUGAACGCCACGCUCAAACGCUACCAAACAGAACACAAGAGCAAGUUGGAUUCCCUGGAGAAGUCCCAGGCCGAGCUGAAGAAGAUACGGAGGAAAAGUCAAGGGGGCCGCAAUGCCCUAAAAUAUGAGCACAAAGAAAUUGAGUAUGUGGAGACAGUCACCUCCCGCCAGAGCGACAUCCAGAAGUUCAUCGCUGAUGGCUGCAGAGAGGCCCUGCUGGAGGAGAAGCGGCGCUUCUGCUUCCUGGUGGAUAAGCACUGUAGCUUCACGGACCACAUCCACCACUAUCAUGUGAAGUCUGCAGAAUUACUGAGUUCCAAACUGCCCAGGUGGCAUGAAACCUGCUGUGAUGCCACCAAAGUGCCAGAGAAAAUCAUGAACAUGAUCGAAGAGAUAAGGACCCCGAUCUCCACCCCCACAUCCAUGACGCCCCAGCCGUCGCCCAUGAUCGAGAGAAGCAACGUGGUCGGGAAGGACUAUGACACGCUUUCAAAAUACUCACCAAAGAUGCCCCCCGCUCCCUCAGCCAAAGCCUACACCAGCCCCCUGAUUGAUAUGUUCAAUAAUCCAGCCACAGGGGCGCAGACGUUAGAAAGGACAAAUCACUCAAAAGGCCACGCCCCUGUAACAGACUCAUCUGAGGACCCCAGCUUACAGCGGUCGGUGUCCGUCGCCACUGGCCUGAACCUGAUGAAGAAGCAGAAGGUGAAGACCAUCUUCCCUCACACGGCUGGCACCAACAAGACUCUGCUGAGUUUCGCGCAGGGAGACGUCAUCACGCUGCUUGUCCCUGAGGAGAAGGAUGGCUGGCUCUACGGGGAGCACGACACCACCAGAGCGAGGGGGUGGUUCCCGUCCUCGUACACCAAGCUGCUGGAGGACAGCGCCGAGGAGGCCACCACUGCGCCUGCGCCCAGCGCGGCCCCGGUGAGGAGCGUCAGCACGGUGGACCUGACCGAGAAGGGCAGCGUGGCCAUCCCGCCUCCUGACUACCUGCAGUGCCAGCCCACGCCGGACCCUGCCAAGAACACCUCCACCUUCAGAGCCCCGUCCAGACCGGACAGCGCCACGCCUAGUGAUGCAAAUGGGACUGCCAAGCCGCCUUUCCUCAGUGGAGAGAACCCCUUUGCUACUGUGAAGCUCCGGCCUACGGUGACAAAUGACCGUUCAGCGCCCCUCAUUCGCUGAAGCUCACCUGCGAAGAGGGCCUUCCAUGCACGGCUCCACCAGGGGGCGCUCACUUCCCCACAGACAGAUGCAUUUUCUCCAUUUUACCUGGCUGGGUUUAUACAUUUCUCUUUAAGAUAAAUGAAUCAUAGUUUAGCCACCAGCUCAAUCAAAAUAUUUCCUUCCUAUUAUUCUAUUCAAAAAAAAUUGAGUUCCAGUUCUUCCUGUAGCUUUUAUUUUUGUAUCUUUAGUUAACAGCUAGAAUAAAGGACACAUGUUGUGCUUUGUGAGGAGCUCUCUGGGCGACUACCUGUAGAAAUGGGGGUUUGCUUCGAAAAGCAUGAGCUGUUAACUAGCAUCGGGGUGUUAAAAUGCUGUGUAAGUGUGUGGCUAAGCAUGCAGAUCAUCACUUUUCAGCAAUAUAAAUUAUGAGACGUGAUAUUAAAUGUGAAAUUUUUUUAACUUA